AUGUCAGCUCAAGAAGUUAAAGAUUUGGUCGAUGCCCUAGAGAAAGCAUCGAAACUAUCAUCUAGAGGCAAAUCUAUUAAAAGAGUUUGCAAUGUGUUUAACAGUGACCAUAGGGUAGUCAGCUGGAAGUUCAACGAAUGGGAUUAUGGCAAAAAUAAUAUUCAAUUACCUUGUAAUGCUCGUGGCCUAUUUAUAUUAGAUGACAAAGAUACUGAUCCAGUCAUCGUUGCAAGAGGAUAUGAUAAAUUUUUCAAUGUAAAUGAAGUUUUGACUACAAAAUGGGAAUGGCUUCAAGAGAACACAGUUGGUCCCUAUGAAGCCACUUUGAAGACAAACGGUUGCAUUAUUUUCAUAUCUGCAUUGAAAGAUGGAACAUUGGUCGUAUGUUCAAAACAUUCUACUGGAGAUAGAGAUGACUCGGAUAGAAACCAUGCAGAAGCUGGUGAAUUAUAUCUUAGAAAACAGUUGCACGAUAAAGGUAUCGAUAUUAACCAAUUCUCAAAAGCCUUGUACGAACAGAAUUUAACUGCAGUUGCAGAAUAUUGUGAUGACACUUUCGAAGAACAUAUAAUUGAAUACGCUCCAAAAGAUGCAGGUCUAUAUUUACAUGGAUUGAACUUGAAUCAACGUGAUUUCAAAACCUUACCUAUAGGUAAGGUCGCAGAAUUCUCUGAUAUAUUUGGAUUUAAGAAAACUGAUUACAUCUCUAACGCUGACAUUCAUUUAUUGAGGAAGUUCCUUGAAGAUAAAGCAACAACAGGUACAUAUGAAGGAAAGGAGAUUGAAGGGUUCGUUGUGAGAUCUCAUUUGAAAAAUGGAGCAGAUUUAUUUUUCAAAUACAAAUUCGAAGAACCUUAUUUAAUGUACAGACAAUGGAGAGAGGUCACUAAAGAUUAUAUUCAAAAUAGAACCAGAGUCUUUAAUUUUAGGAAGCAUAAAUUUAUUACAAAUAAAUACUUAGACUUCGUGAUUCCAAUAUUAGACCAAAAUGAAGAAUUGUGUCACCAAUAUAUGAAGGGUUUGGGUGUUAUCGACCUUAGAAAUAGGUUCAUAGCUACUUAUGGAAUGAGUGCUAUGGAAAUUUUAAACUACGAAAAAGUUAAAGAAUUGGAAUUAAAAAAUUCACUUGACUUUAGUAUAGUAGAUGAAAAUACAAAAUUUUUGAUUAUACCCAUAGCGGUUAUUGGUUCAGGUAAGACAACCUGUUCACUAACAUUAACAAAUUUAUAUCCUGAAUCUUGGGGUCAUGUUCAAAAUGAUGAAAUUACUGGUAAAGACAAGUCAAUGUUGAUGAAAAAGUCACUUCAACUAUUAGCUAAACCUAACAUUAAAUGUGUCAUAGUCGAUAGAAAUAAUCAUCAAUUUAGAGAAAGAAAACAGUUAUUUGACUGGGUAGAGCAGUUCAAAGAAGUUUAUUUGCCAUACGACACCAACAUUAAAGUGGUUGGGCUUUCAUUUGCUGAAUAUGAAGAUUUAGAAUUAAUUAGAGAACUUACCAUUGCAAGAGUAUUUGAUAGAGGUGAUAAUCAUCAAAGCAUAAAAGCAGAUAAGUUCGGGGAAAAGAAGGUCCUUGGGAUUAUGGAUGGUUUUUUGAAACGAUUCCAAGCUGUCAAUGAGGACAGAUAUCCAGAUAAUAAAUUUGAUUUCAUCAUUCGCUUAAAAGUACAGGACUCCGAAUCAUCCAUAAAGAAUGUUAAAACUAUAUUAAAUGAAUUGAACAAGGAGUAUCCUAUACUGAUUCCAAAGGUUCCCUCUCAAUCAGAAAUAGAUAUUGCAUUUAAGAGAAGUUUGGAAUAUAAACCAACAGUUACAAAGAUUGUUGGUAGUGGUGGCAGAAAUAAUGGUAAUGGCGGAAACAAUGAAGAAAUUAGGCAAAAAAAAAUAAAUCCAGUAUAUUAUUCUGCAACCAUAAUGGACCUUCAAUUAAUUAGAAGCGAAAUUUUGAAAUCAUUGGAAGAUUCUGAUUUAGGUGAAGAAGAGAAAAUGUUGAUUAAAAAUACAGUUGAGAAUAAAUUACAAAACAAAUUACAUAUUACGUUAGCGCAUGUAGGAUCUUCCAAAAGAGGUACGCCUGAACAACAAGCUAUUUGGAAAAAUUAUUCUAAUCGCUAUAUCCCAUACUUGAAGACUGUAUUUAAAUCUACUGAGGUUCCAACUUCAACUGAGAUAAUUACUGAGGAUUCUGUAAAGUUUUCCAUUCGUAAACUUUGCAUGGAUUCCAAAAUAUUUACUGCAAUUGUAGAUAUCAAUGAGCUAGGUGUAUUGACAUCUGAAGGGAAUAACAUAAGUAAUUUACGUUGCUCAAAUAAUUAUUCCCAUAUAACUUUGGGUAUUUUAAAAGAAGGUACUAAACCAUUUUAUUCUAAUGAACUCUGUGAGAAAGUUGAAGCUGGUUCAGCCGGUGAAGAUGUGAAAUCCUGGAAGAUUUCAAGACCAAAUAUUCUCGAAGCUAAAGUUACCAUUAACUUAUAG